CAUCCCGCCAGUAUAACUUUAUAUCUGUGAAAAAGAGUUGGACUGAAGCUCAGAGAUACUGCAGAGAGAAUUACAUUGAUCUCGCCACCAUUGACAACAUGGAUGAAAUGAACAGACUGAUGAACACAGUUAAUGGGAGUUACAAUGGAUCAGCUUGGAUUGGACUGUAUUAUGAUGUGAACAGCUGGAGAUGGUCACUGGAAAACAAUGAUUUCUAUCAGGAAGGAGAGAGAGAAUUCAGAAACUGGUAUCAUGAACCAGACAACUAUGGAGGAAAUGAGCUGUGUGUUUAUAUGAAUUAUGCUGGCAAAUGGUUUGAUUCAUCAUGUGACAGUGUCUUGUCAUUUGUUUGCUACAAUGCAAACAAUAACACAUACAUCAGAAUUAAUGAUAGAAGAAACUGGGCAGAUGCUCUUAGAUACUGCAGAGAAAAUUACACAGAUCUCGCCAAUGUGAGAAACAUGACUGAAAAUCAGAAGAUCCUUGAGAGAACUGGUGGUGAUGUCUGGAUCGGUCUGUACAGAAACAGGAUUUGGUCAAAUGGUCAGAUUACUAAAUAUCAAAACUGGAGACCCGAAAUUCUUUAUUCAGCACAAGAACCAGAUAAUGGUCAAUAUAUUUCUGGCCAGUGGGGUGACCAGCAGUGCACUGCUGUAUCAUUAGAAAACUUGGGCAGAUGGACAGAUGAGAACUGCUUAACUAACAUGCCAUUCGUCUGCUACAACAGAACGUGCACACAAUCUUCAUGCAGAUCCCAUCAGUAUCACUUUAUAUUUGUGAAUAAGACUUGGUCUGAAGCUCAGAGAUACUGCAGAGAGAAUUACAUUGAUCUGGCCACCAUUGAUAACAUGGAUGAAAUGAACAGUCUGAUGAACACAGUUAAUGGGAGUUACAAUGGAUCAGCGUGGAUUGGACUGUAUGAUGAUAUGAACAGCUGGAGAUGGUCACUGGAAAACACAGAGUUGGGAGGAGGUUUUAAAAGCUGGUAUGUCCAGCAGCAAGUAAACUGGUAUGGACAGAGUCUCUGUGUGUCCAUGUCAUAUGACAAAGGACUCUGGGAUGAAUUGCUUUGCUCCUCCCAGUGUUUCUUUAUUUGCUAUGAUGGAAGACAGAAUGCCGGUACAAAGUAUGUGUUAGUUUAUGAGCACAAAAACUGGACUGAAGCUCAGAGUUACUGCAGAAAGCAUUACACAGACCUUGUCAGUAUCAGGAAUGAAACUGAAAAUAAGAGGAUCAGAUCUCUUUUAUCGAGUGAUGUUUUUGUUUGGAUUGGUCUGUACAGAAGUCAAUCUUGGUCAGAUCAGAGUAACUCUACAUUCAGUAACUGGAGAUCAGGACAGCCAGAUAAUGCUGCAUACAGUGAACACUGCACUGCUGUAUCAUUUAUUGAUGGGAAAUGGACAGAUGAAAACUGUGAUUUGUCUUUACCUUUCUUUUGCUACAAUGUGACAGUGUUAGGAUCAUCCCGCCAGUAUAACUUUAUAUCUGUGAAAAAGAGUUGGACUGAAGCUCAGAGAUACUGCAGAGAGAAUUACACUGAUCUGGCCACCAUUGAUAACAUGGAUGAAAUGAACAGACUGAUGAACACAGUUAAUGGGAGUUACAAUGGAUCAGCCUGGAUUGGACUGUAUUAUGAUGUGAACAGCUGGAGAUGGUCACUGGAAAACAAUGAUUUCUAUCAGGAAGGAGAGAGAGAUUUCAGAAACUGGGAACAUGAACCAGACAACAACCAGGGGAAUGAAUUAUGUGUUUAUAUGGAUAAUAAUGGAAAGUGGUUUGAUUUUUCAUGUGACAAGUAUUACCCAUUUGUUUGUUAUAAUGAUAGUGAAAACGCCUCUCAGAGUUAUGUUCUUGUACCUGAGGGAAGGACCUGGACUGAAGCUCAGAAAUACUGCAGAGAGUUUUACACAGAUCUGGCCAGCGUGAGAAAUCAAGCUGAGUAUCAACAGAUCCUAAACAUUACACUGGGUCAUGGUGUAUGGAUUGGUCUGUACAGAAACAGACUGUGGUCAGAUCAGAGCAACUCUUCAUUCACAUACUGGAUGCCAUAUACUCCACAUGUUUAUCCACAACCAGAUAAUGGUUUCGAUGUCCCAGGACUGAGGGGAGCUCAACACUGCACUGCUGUGUCUGGAAAAUAUGUUGGUCAAUGGACAGAUGAGAGCUGCUUAGCCCAUUUGCCUUUCUUCUGUUAUGGUGGUAAGUUAAUCCUCAUUUUAGUAUAAUGUAAUUAAAGAAUAAACAUUAGAGGAACACAGAACAUAAAAACAGGCAAGCUGAAUUUAAUUGCUCAAUAGCUAAUAUAAAUAGCUGUUAACAUUAUCUCUAUAUCUUCUGUUUGUU